GUACCCUAGCCUAGGACCCCUGUCUCAGCAGUUCUUCUACUUGAGAACACAAACCAUAUCUUGAGAGAGAAGAGAGAGAUCUUAAGAGAGAGACUCCUGAGAUAGCUUAGAGAGAGAGAUCAUAUAGAGUGAGAGAUAGCUGAUUUUAGUCAACAUGGGUAGACCACCUUGUUGUGAUAAAAUUGGUGUGAAGAAAGGGCCAUGGACUCCAGAGGAGGACAUCAUUUUGGUCUCUUACAUUCAAGAACAUGGACCUGGCAAUUGGAGAGCUGUUCCUGCUAAUACUGGUUUGCUUAGAUGCAGCAAAAGUUGCAGGCUUAGAUGGACUAAUUAUCUCCGUCCCGGUAUCAAACGUGGUAACUUCAAUGAUCAUGAAGAAAAGAUGAUUAUCCACCUCCAAGCUCUUCUUGGAAAUAGAUGGGCUGCAAUAGCUUCUUACCUUCCUCAGAGAACAGACAACGAUAUCAAGAAUUAUUGGAAUACCCAUUUGAAGAAGAAGCUCAAGAAGCUUAAUGAAGGCCUUGAUGACUCCAAUAUUAAUCAAGAAGGGUCCUCAUCAGUUUCACACUCAAUGUCCAACAAGGGUCAGUGGGAGAGAAGGCUUCAAACAGACAUUCACAGGGCCAAACAAGCUCUAUGUGAGGCUUUGUCCCUUGAUAAACCAAUCAGUUCUUCACCUGACUUGGGCACAACAACGCCGUUAAUCCAAUCAUCCACAACAUCCUACGCGUCCAGUACUGAAAACAUUUCUCGAUUGCUCAAGAACUGGAUGAAAGAUUCGCCGAAAUCUCCUCACGAAACGAGCUCAGAAACUACUCAGAACUCCUUCAACAAACCAGCUGGGACCGGCUGUAGUCCUAGUGAAGGGACACACAGUGCAGCCACACCGGAGGGUUUUGAUUCGCUGUUCAGCUUCAACUCUUCCAACUCUGGUUUCUCUCAGUCUGUGUCCAUGGAUGAGACAGCCAAUUUCCCACAUGAAACUGGCCUCUUUCAAGAUGAGAGCAAGUCGAAUUCGGACACUCAAUUCCCUCUAAAAGUCAUAGAGAAAUGGUUGUUUGAUGAUGGUUCUCAACAAGGUCCAUAUGACAUAAUUGACAUGACUUUGGGUGAAACUGGUCAUGAGUUGUUCUAAACAGAGUUUCAAGUGUUCCUUCCUUUUUUUUUUUUUUCAAAUAGGGGGUUAUAGGCGUUGAACUGAUAGGUAUGUUUCUAGCCUGGGCAGGAAAAGAUGAUCAUCACUCUCAUAUGAGGAGCAAAAAGUGUAAAUUACAAGUACAUCUAAACAUGUAUCAGCCAUAGAAAUAAAUAUCCUCUCGUCUUUUUAGAA